GCGAGUCCUCCAGUCCUUCAGACUCCAGCAGACACUGAACCGGCUCACACCGCUGACCCACACUAGAAACCUCUCAACCGAAGAAUGCUUUGCGUGUACGCCUUCCUGCUGCUGACUCUGAGCAGAGCGGCCCUGAGCUCUCUGCAGGACAAGCAGACCGACUUCGGCCUGAAGGUCUUCUCCCAGCUGGCCCGGGACUCUGCGGACCAGAACGUGGCCUUGUCCCCCUACGGCGUGGCCUCCGUCCUGGCCAUGGCUCAGCUCGGAGCGUCUGGAAGCACCCGCAAGGCCUUGACCGCUGCCAUGGGCUUUUCUCUGCAUGAGCGAGGGAUGUCCCGGCAGCAGCGCCUCCUGCAGCGCGACCUGUCCAUCGUGGACGGGGUGGAGACCGCCAGCGCCGUCAUGGUGGAGAGGAAGAUGAGCCUGGAGAAGGGGUACCGCCGGGCCCUAGCCAAGGCCUUCCAAUCUCACCCCAACCAGCUGGACUUUACCAAGCCCGACCAGGCGGUCAGCAUCAUAAACUCGUGGGUCUCGGACCACACUGCAGGUGCCAUCCCCGAGUUCCUCGCACCCGGAUCUCUGACCGAUGCGACCCGCCUGGUCAUCCUCAACGCCCUGCACUUCCAGGCCCGCUGGAAGGUGCCCUUUGACCCCAAAAUGACCCAGGAGAGGAUGUUCCACUGCGCCAACGGCAGCGACGUGCCCGUGCACAUGAUGCGCCUCGCCAACCGCUACAACUACGGCGAGUUUGUGACCGCCGACGGGGUGGACUACGACGUCAUCGAGGUGCCGUACGAGGGCGACUCGCUGAGCAUGCUGCUGGUGUCGCCCUUCGAGCCCGAGGUGCCACUGAGCGCGCUCAGUUCCCAGUUGAGCAGCCAGAGGAUGAAGCAGUGGAGAGCGGAGCUGAGGAGCGUCAAGCGGCAGCUGGCCAUGCCCCGGUUUAGUCUGAACUCUGAGGUGAAUUUGCAGACCGCUCUGAUGAACAUGGGUCUGGGAGACAUGUUCAACCUGGCUACUGCUGACUUCUCACGCAUCACCACUGACGAGAGGCUGUGCGUGUCCAAGGUCCUGCAGAGAGUAAAGAUCGAGGUGAAUGAGCAGGGAACCAAGGGAGCAGCAGCAACAGCCGCCGUGAUGUUCUCUCGCAUGGCGGUGGAGGAGAUCACUCUGGACCGGCCCUUCCUCUUCCUCAUCCAGCACAAACAAACAGGUGCUGUUCUGUUCAUGGGUCAGUUCAACCAGCCUCAAUAACGGGGGAAGGACUCCACACUGUGUCUGACUACUGCUGCUCAUGCUCCACAUGAUGACCACACACACGAUGACCACACACAAACACACAUGAUGACCACACACACACACACACACACAAGGACCACAAUGGGCCCGCUGUACAGGGCACUUAUUUUCGCUGACAGCUUUAUUUAAGACGUGAGGACACACAGAUUUAACACGACUGACAGUAGAAACCUGAUUUGACCGAGAGUUUAUGUUUGCCAAUAGUUUAUGUCUCUGAAUGUUUAUGGUUGCCAAGACAUUAAGAUAUAUGAAGGAAAGUUAAAUAAUUAAGUCUAAUACAACAGACACCAAUGCACUGCAUAAGUACACCCCCUAAAAAGAUGUAUUUUUAUCUAUGUUAUUUCUAAUAUCUAUUUUUGUUAUUGCCUAUUUUGUUGCCGAGUUACAUUUGUAUUUUGCCGUAUUUAUAUUUAUUAAAAUACUAUGUUUUUACAAA